CCGGCACUGUGUGAUUCCCCUCGUCUUUGAUUGGACCUCGAGACGACGGGACCCGUCCCUCACAAUCGCAUGUUUGUAUUGAUUGUCGGUCCAUCCAUCCAAGCAAUAAACAGCACCAAACGGACUGUCUGUUUGUCUGUCUGUCUGUCUGUGCAGCCGUCCAUCUAACUAUCCAUUGCUCUCUCACUCCCAUAGGUCACUCCCAUGGGUCAGUCACAUCGGUCACAUGGGUCGGUCACAUCACAGCCUGCAUAUGUAAGACGACGACUGCGUGACGUACCGCACCCACCGGUAGGGAUUGUACGCCGCGUGCCGCUCGCUGAUCCGCAGAUACCGAACCUGACAGAACGACCAAACAUGCCCCACACAGGUCUGUCUGUCUCUGUCUGAGUGCCUGUCACAGUGCCAGCGUGCCUGUCCGCGGCCACCGCGGCGCACCGCACCUGUAGGUUGGACACGUUGUACAUGGGUAUUUCGAAGGUGAGGCUGACAGGGCCGAUCUCCUUCUUGAUCGUCUCGGAACACGGCUGAGACAAGGUGAUCUUGCAACGCAGCGUGUGCUCCGCACCGCCCUGUUGGCCACAAACAAACAAAUCACCCAGUCAAGUCGCCCAGCCACAUCCCUCCAUCACACGAGUGAAUGACACACGGACGAUGUCAGUUGUGUGGUGAUGUGUUGUGAGGGUCGCUCACUUGGAACUUCUUGAUGUUCCACACGACCUUGGUGUCUGACGCCACGUACUCGGCACUCUGCAUGGCAAUGGCAGGCAGGACAGGACAGGACACGCAGAGUAGAUGUCCGUCUGCAAGUGAUGGGUGCGUGCAGCUAUGUGUGUAUCUGUUUGCUGCCUGCCUGCCUGCCUGCCUGCCUGUCAUGGUUACUUACCUGCAUCGGUGUCUGUGGGAACAGCUCGUUGGUGACGAAUGCCGUGUGUUUGGGCAUGGGGCAGCUGAUGACCAUGUUGCCGCCGUAGUUCUGCUCGGGAAUGUCAGCUCUGAUCUUGAUCACACACUCGAGCUGGCAGACACACGAUUCGUCACACAAUAAGAGAGAGAGGCGCCCAUCCAUCUAUCCAUCCAUCCAUCCCUUUGUGUGUGUGUUUGUGGUCCCCACCUCCCUCCCCCUCUCACCCACCUUGUAAGGUGUGAUUUGCUCCACCUGCGGGAAUAUCCUGAAGGGCGCGCGGAAGUCGCUGGUGAUGCGGUAGUUCAUGACGACAAACUCGCCGUCUGGUGGGACGAAGCUGAGUAUCUUGUGGUCGUCAAAGUCGCGCAGGUCGACCUGCUCGUGGAAGUUGCAGUCGUCCAGCACCACCACCCCGUACCAGCCGCCAUGCCCCCCGCCGCUCCCCGCCUGCCCCGGCUGCCGCCCCACCACGAUGUCCUCAUUGAGGGCCAGCUUGAGCUCGGGGCUGCCGCUCAGGUAGCUCUUCAUCUGAAUGGACCCGUCGAUGCACGAGUUGAGCACGUAGCCGCUGGCGUUGAGCACCACGGUGAGCCGCUCGAGGAUGUCGACAAAGAUCUCAUUCUUGCGGCCCUUGCUGGCGUAGGGGUCGCCCUGCGUGAGGCCCACGGGCCGGUGGACGGCGUUGCUGGGCACCGUCUUGGGGUUGAUCUGUAGCUGCGGCAGAGCGAUGCCUGCCGCCCGCAUGGUGCCCAGGUGGCUGGGCUGCUCCGUCAUGAUGGCCUCGUUGUGGAUGCACCCCUUGAGCUGCUCGGUGGACGUCAGCUGCGGGUAGCCGAAGUCGAGCAUCUCGUCAAGCAGCUCGUACACGAGGACGAAGUUCUUGCGGAUGCUCUCCUCGCUCAGCACGCCGCAGAAGUCCUUGACGACCUUGGUCAUCCGCUGCAGCAUCUCCACUGUGUACGAGGGCGACACAUUGAAGGCCGUCGUCACCACAAAAUACAGCCCGUUCCGCUUGACGAAGAUGUAGUUGAUGCCGUCGAGAUUGAAGAUCGGCGGCGCAUCCCCUGUCCAGAACUUGACCUUGCGAAAGAAGAUCUCGGCAGUCCCGCGCGCCACAUCGCCCCGGAAGUCACGGUUGAUGAUGGUGUCGCCGCGCGGUGAUAAUAUGUAAAACUGAGAGAUCAUCGCAUCGCCAAUGAUAUCGCCCGCUCAGAAGCAAAGCAGCCUCGGGGCGUUCUUUGUUUGCUUCUUCCCUCCCG